AUGGCGCCGUCAUCAUCUCAUCUACUACUCCCGCGCCAAUUUGGCCCUGGCAGCGAUGGAUUCGACGACCGUGACAACGGGGACGGGAUUUCGAGAACAGCCAUCGGCGGCAUCGCCAUUGGUGUCGUUGUCGUCAUUGUCGUAAUCGCCUGUAUAAUGGCGGUGCGUAUUAUGCGUCGGCGGAAAGCACGUCGUCGCACUGGCGGCGUCUCUGUACCGCUCCACAACCGCCCGGGCGCAUCGUCUGGUCCCAACCUCAUCCCAUCUCCGUACUCCAACAAACCAGCCGGCUACCAAAACACGCAGGACCAGAAUCAAAGCUUACUAGGUAACGCCGCCGUUCCAGGCGGAGUAGCGUGGGAUGCAGAUCACGUUGGUGUAGGGAGCACGCAGGACGGCUUUGGAUUCACGACCUCGAACAUCACUCGCCCAGCAAGCAUUGCCAACGUCGACGCCCCACCUCCUCGCUAUGAAGAGGCCGCCGCUUCUGGCCCAGCAGUGCCCCCCGCGGGUGGUGAAGCGGCCAGCUACUAUAACGCCCCACGGGGAGAACCCGAGAGAGGCCGAUCUGCAACGAGGGAAUCCGAUAGUAGAGCCAGAGCCUUAAGCGUCGACAACCGCAGCAUGAACGGUACUCGAAGUCGUAGUGUCUCUCGGUUCAGGGAAGAGCAUUUGGAUAAUGUCAACCUUCACCCGAAUCUGAAGUCGUAA